AUGUUCAAAAAAUUCAACUUCAAAGAAGAUGUUUCGACACAAUCACAGGUAAAGUCAUCAGUACAACGCAACAUUCGCACCAAAAUUCUGGAACAGUACAAGCAAUUAGAAUCAGUAGUGGAUGAGGUGCUCCCGAAAAAGACGCCAUUAGUCUUGAUAAAAUGCCAUGAACAUAUCAACUUGUUAACAAUGAACAACGAGAUACUGUUCUUUCAGCAUUUCGAUGGACCAUAUUACCCGACUCUGCGUCUUCUUCAUAAAUGUACUUUCUUACUUUCUUUACUUGAUCCAGAUGCAUUUCCACGUGUUCAAGUGGACCGUGGUGCGAUAAAAUUCAUUCUGUCUGGUGCAAAUAUCAUGUGUCCGGGUCUAACAUCAAAAGGUGCAAGAAUGGAACAAGAACUUCCGGUUGAUACUAUUGUUGGAGUAUUUGCUGAGGGGAAAGAACAUGCGAUCGCAAUUGGGUUAAUGAAACUGUCUACGGAACAGAUUAAAAAAGUCAAUAAGGGGAUCGGAGUCGAUAAUAUUCAUUAUCUCAACGAUCCUUUGUGGAAGACUAUAGUGGAAGUCUAA